GCCCAUUGCCAACAAAUCCACCCCCAACUGCUCCGCGUAUAAAACAGAAAUUCCCCCAAAUCGAAAAACCUAAUAAACUCACCCACAAAUAAAACAAUAACAAUAACAAUGGCGAGAUCGUCCGGCAGACAACAAAUAAUCCCCGCACUAUCCACCACGAUAAUCAUAGAAACGGCGUCAUCGUCCAGUCAACAGCAGCCACAAAUUACGGAUUCCUUAGUUUUGAAAUUGAGGCGCCCCAAGAAGUCGGUGUCGUGGAAAGAAGGAACGGUGGAUAAUGAAUUUAUGAACAAGAAGAGUUCCAAAAAAUGCUGCAUUUUUCAUAAAGAAAAGCCUUUUGAUGAUGAUGAUGAUGAUGAUGAUGAUUCCGAUCACGAUCACGAUCACGAUGGAAGAAAAAAUGAAGAAAAUAAUAAACAAAGUCACGACGCCAAGGGAAAUUGUUGCCACGAGGAGGCAUGACCCCUUACUUAAUUGACUUGUUAUUUGGACCCUGUCUGUCUGUACGUGUAUUUUCAGGACGAUACUGAUCAUAAUCGGUAUAAAUAAUAAUAAUAAUUACUGGUUUGCUUUUCUGUUCCAAUUUUGCCUUUUAUUUUACUCAGUCGUCAUGUAAGUUUUUGCUAUUCUUAAGAUUUUAAUGGGGACGAAGAGCCAGUUGCUCAA